UGAAAAGGAAAGCUGUGGGGAUCCUGGAACACCAUUGUAUGGUAUCAGAGAAGGGGAUGGAUUUUCCAACCGGGACAUUUUAAGGUUUGAGUGUCAGUUUGGAUUUGAACUAAUUGGAGAGAAAUCCAUUGUGUGUCAGGAGAACAACCAGUGGUCUGCAAACAUUCCAAUUUGUAUUUUUCCUUGCCUUUCUAAUUUCACUGCACCGAUGGGAACAGUUCUUUCACCUGAUUACCCAGAGGGAUAUGGAAAUAAUUUAAACUGCAUCUGGACAAUAAUCUCAGACCCAGGGAGCAGAAUUCAUCUCUCUUUUAAUGACUUUGACUUGGAAUCUCAAUUUGACUUCCUUGCAGUUAAAGAUGGUGACUCUCCAGAUUCUCCAAUACUUGGUACUUUCACUGGUGCUGAGGUUCCUUCGCAUCUUACCAGCAACAGUCAUAUCUUGCGUUUGGAAUUUCAAGCUGACCAUUCAAUGUCAGGACGUGGCUUUAACAUCACUUAUAACACUUUUGGACAUAAUGAGUGUCCUGAUCCUGGAGUACCAAUCAAUGCACGGCGUUUUGGUGACAACUUUCAAUUAGGGAGUUCAAUCUCAGUCAUUUGUGAAGAAGGAUUUAUUAAAACACAAGGAACCGAAACCAUUAGCUGUAUACUAAUGGAUGGGAAAGUAAUGUGGAGUGGACCUAUCCCUAGGUGUGGAGCUCCAUGUGGUGGGCAUUUUUCAUCUCCCAGUGGAGUAAUCCUCUCUCCAGGCUGGCCUGGGUACUAUAAAGACUCCUUGAAUUGUGAGUGGGUGAUUGAAGCUGAACCAGGACACUCUAUCAAAAUUACAUUUGAAAGAUUUCAGACUGAACUGAAUUAUGAUGUUUUGGAAGUUCACGAUGGACCAAAUCUCCUGUCUCCACUUCUGGGUUCCUACAAUGGUACACAGGUCCCACAGUUUCUGUUCAGUAGCAGCAAUUUCAUUUACCUUCUUUUUACAACAGACAACAGUCGUUCUAAUAAUGGAUUCAAGAUUCACUAUGAAAGUGUAACAGUGAAUACCUAUUCUUGUUUGGAUCCUGGCAUACCAGUUCAUGGACGUCGUUACGGUCAUGACUUCUCUAUUGGUUCCACUGUAUCAUUUAGUUGUGAUCCAGGAUACAGGCUGAGCCAUGAAGAGCCUCUGCUAUGUGAAAAAAACCAUUGGUGGAGCCACCCGCUUCCAAAUUGUGAUG